CACCUCUAUCUCCGUGUCUUCUUCGUCCCCUCCCAUAUCUGCGUACAGAAAUAGAACUUUCUGGAACCCGAUUUCUCAUCCCUGCCUAAUUAUUUCGCGAUUCGUCAUGAGCUCCGAUUCCCAAACCCAUCAGCCGAAGCCGGAACCCCAAUCUCGCUCUUCCGAUUACGCUGCUUACCCUAAGAUCGAUCCCAGCGACACCGUUCCCGUCUCCCUAGAUUCCGAUCAUCCGCCGUCGCUGCCGGAACAAACUAGAUCUCCUCCGUCUACUUCAGGCCCCGCUCCUAUCUCUGGAUCAGCCGCUACCACCAUGCCAUCCGAGUCAAACCCUUACGUCUCCCCUGCUCCCGCCUCUGGACCCGGCUCCUCCGUUAAAAAUACGAUGGAUACAGUGAAGGAUGUUUUGGGGAAAUGGGGCAAGAAGGCCGCUGAGGCAACAAAGAAGGGGCAGGAUCUUGCUGAAAACAUGUGGCAGCAUUUGAAAACUGGUCCCAGCUUGGCCGAUGCUGCAGUGGGAAGAAUUGCUCAGGGAACAAAGAUAUUGGCAGAAGGUGGUUAUGAUAAAGUGUUCAGACAAACAUUUGAGACCCUUCCGGAGGAGAAACUGUUGAAGGCAUAUGCAUGCUACUUGUCCACUUCAGCUGGCCCUGUUAUGGGACUUCUCUACUUGUCUUCUGCAAAAAUUGCAUUUUGCAGUGAUAAUCCACUCUCUUAUAAAGUUGGCGAGCAAACACAAUGGAGCUAUUACAAGGUGAUACUUCCAAUCCAUCAGUUGAAAGCAGUUAAUCCUUCGGCUAGCAAAAUCAAUCCAGUUGAAAAGUUUAUCCAAGUUAUAUCUAUCGACAACCAUGAGUUUUGGUUUAUGGGAUUUGUAAACUAUGAUAGUGCUGUCAAAUGUUUGCAAGGUGCUCUGCUACGACAUCCAUAGCCAGCAAGCUGUCCAUUUCCAGUUAUUGCUAGAUGAAAGUGUGUGGUACAUGUAUCUAUACUUGUGUUUGAUCUAAUUAUAUACCUGCUUGUAAUAAUGGGUUGAGUUUGGCCAAAUUUCAUUUUUUGUAGAACUUAUUUUUUAAAGAUUCCUGUAGUUCAUGUGUGUGUUCUCGGACCAUCAAACAUUGCAGUAUACGGAGUAUAUGAUUGUUUAUAUGAUACUCUUUAGUUGGGCAGCUGAAUUGGUAGAUUUCUCAAUUAAUAUGUCA